AUGGCUAAGACAGGCGCAGCUGCAGGCAGCAGGAAGGCAGCAGGACCAAACAGACUGUUCCAGGCGCUGGGCGAGAGACCCAAAGGCUCAUCGAAGGGCCCCAAGGACUCUAAGGGCCCGCAAAACGCACUACUGCGUCGUCUGGCCGGUCACCAGAAGAACACCGGCUUGGCUUCGAAACAGAACACGUUGUCCCGCACAGGCAAGAAACAGAACACCGCGGUGGCCGUGCGAAAGCCCAAGGCUGCCACGCCGGCUCGUCGUGCGGCCAACACGCUGGCUGGACGGGUCGGGCUGACCGCGGCACAGCGUCGCCAACUCGAGCAGAAGAGCAAACUCGUUAAUAGAAUAGGUAAGCCUCGUAAAUAG